AUGGCACCUUUGACGCGCAAGAGAAAGGCCGAAAAGAAGCAAAAGCCAGAAGAGGCCCCCGCUCAAACAAUCACAUCAGACAAGAAGCGCAAGCUACCUGUUAGAGCCAAAGAUGGCGAGUCCAGCGAUAUGUCCCCAGAGCAGCCCAAGGCUACAAAGGUCGUUUUCGGAGAUGAUGAUGAUAUGAGCGUACCAGUCGCUCUGUCAAAACCUGUUGUGCCAGCACCCAAGGAGGAGGAGGAGGAGGAGGAGAGUGAUGAAGACAGUGACGAUGAAGCGCCAGAGGCAGUGUCGACUUCAAAGGUGGCCUAUGAGAUUAAGAAGUCCAAGCAAGCAGCCCAGAAAGCAGCUCAAGAACAAGCCGCUGCAGAGAAGCGCAAGCGUCGGGAGAGGGAUGAUCGCUUCAAGCAGCAAGCUGAAGAGCGCAAGAAGCUAGAGGAGCAAGAGAAGGAAAAGGCCGAGAAGGAGGCCGCUGAGCAAGAAGGUUCGGAUGACGAGGAGGAGCCCGCCCAGUCUCUCAUUCAGCGCAGCAGAACACAAAAGGCCCCCAACCUGUUGCCCGCUGAGUUCCUGACAGACUCCUCAAGCGAGGACGAGUGUGAGGACGACCAAGAAGAGGAGCGCCCCAGGAAGCGUCGUGUUGCCGCCGUGGAAAAGGAGCUCGCCCGUCAAAGCAGAGGACCAAAGGAUGAGCGUGUUGGCUCGACUGUGUUCCGCGUGGCCCAGAAGACAGACGAGAGGAUGGUGCCCAAGACGAAGCGGCAAACAAAGAACCACAUGAACGACCUCUUGAAGAGGAAUCGCAGCGCCGCAAAGCCACGAUCUGGUUUCUUUGUCAAAUAG